UCUGAGUUUGACGAGAAAGCAACUAAGCGGCUAUUGAGGAAGAUUGACAUAAUCUUGAUUCCUUUUCUCUCCCUUUUGUACCUCCUGAGCUUUCUGGACCGAUCGAACAUCGGUAAUGCUCGGCUAGCAGGUCUUGAGGCCGAUUUGAAGAUGGGAGGGCUACAAUACAACGACGCUCUCGCCAUCUUCUUUCCGUUCUACGUGGCUGCGGAAAUUCCCUCCAAUCUAAUGAUGAAACGAACGCGGCCACGGAUCUGGAUUCCCACCAUCAUGGUCGCUUGGGGAACUAUGUGCAUCCUCAUGGGCACAGUCAAGAACCAUACCGGCCUCAUGUGCAUCCGCGCAGCUCUCGGCCUCGCAGAAGGAGGGCUGUUCCCCGGUGUCACGUUCUACAUUACCAUGUGGUAUCGGCGUCACGAAUGUGGCUUUCGGAUGGCGAUUUUCUUCUCAGCUGCGACCGGUGCGGGCGCUUUUGGCGGACUGCUAGCCCGUGGCAUCGUGGAGCUCGACGGAGCCUGUGGCUUCAGUGGCUGGGCCUGGAUCUUCAUCAUCGAGGGAGCUGUCACUCUCGCUGUCGCCCUUUCGGCCUUCUUCCUCAUGCACGAUUAUCCGGACACGGCCAAGUUCCUGACGGAAAAGGAAAAGUAUGAGGUACGACGACGCCUCGAAGCUGACCGCUCCCAUCUGGCCGAGGAGUUUGACAUGCAGUAUUUCUGGGACGCGGUGCGCGACUGGAAGGUCUGGGUGCACAUGUUCAUUACGAUUGGCAUCUUCACUCCGCUGUACUCGUUCUCGCUCUUCCUGCCUACGAUUGUCAAGACCCUGGGCUACACAGACAAUACGGCGCAGCUAAUGACCGUACCACCCUACGUGGUCGCAUGCGUCUUCUGCAUCUCGGGCGGCUACAUUGCGGACCGGCACGGCCAGCGUGGAGUUUACAUGAUUGGGUUCAAUCUGCUAGCCAUCAUCGGCUUCAUCCUCUUGCUCGCCUCCCCUCAACCGCACGUCAAAUACGCCGGCACCUUCCUCGCCGCCGCUGGCAUUUACCCCAACGUGCCGCAAUGCGUCGCAUGGAACGGCAACAACAUCGGUGGUGCAGUCAAGCGUUCUGUGGGCAUCGCCAUGCAGGUCGGUGCCGGUAACCUCGGCGGCGCAAUUUCAGGCUACAUGUACCUUACGCGCGAGUCGCCGCACUUCCGGCAGGGCCACGGCACACUGAUUGGCAUGUUAACUAUGAGCACCGUUUUGUGCGUGUUCAUGAGGUGGUGGGUGGCCCGCGAGAACACGAGGCGGGACCGUGCUGCCGGCGGGAGGAAAGUGGGGGAUUACAGCCGUGAGGAGCUCGAACGCGAACGGACGAGGGGCGAUCAGGCGAGUUUCUUCCGAUAUACGGUGUAGGUGUGUAAGUGACUUUCGUUCGGCUGGGUUAUUGGUGAGAGGGAGGGAGCGUAGUAGCUGCGCGGGCCGUGGGUUGUUUGACGAACGAGUAGCGAACGACGAUCCGUGGGAUAGGUACGAGGCGAAUGAACCAACGAACGGCCGGGCUUGUGGGAAUUCCUCCCUUUCUCUCCUUUUAGGCAACGGACCAGCAGGUAACAGGUGAAGAUUCUCGGGAUCGAGCGUGUCGUUUCAACUUUCCUUCUUGUCCUGGUUUGGAUAUUUCCGAGUACUUGCGCAUUGGUUAGGUAGAUGGUCGCUCUUUCCGGCGUAGAUUUCCUUUUCUUCUCUCCUAUUCCUGCUAGCGUACCUAGACGAAUCAACCUCCUCAAAUUCUUAAGAAUUCGCU